ACACCAAUAGCACACCAAGUCCCAGUCUUCAUGUCAUCCAUUGAGUACAUUUGCUACCAUGGCCUCCUCCUGCCUCCUGGGGCCCACACCGCAGAGAGCUUGGAGUUUGCAAGAAAUUUCCUUGUGGAAGACACAGAUGUGUUUGCAAUUACUUAUCCCAAGUCAGGUACGAUCUGGAUGCAGGAAAUCCUCCCGCUGGUGUUGAAUGGGGGAGACCUGACCCCAGUCCACACCAUUCCUAAUUGGGACCGGGUCCCAUGGCUGGAGGAGAAAAGACUGGCAGUGGUUGUGGAUAAGUUGACAUCGCCACGGGCGAUGGUCUCACAUUUUCCCUACAGCCUCAUGCCCCCUUCCUUCUUCACCUCUAAAGCCAAGGUCAUCUACGUCAUGAGGAACCCAAAGGACAUCAUUGUGUCUUCAUACUACUUCCACCAGAUGGCCGGGUUCCUCGAUGAUCCGGGAACCUUUGAUGAGUUCAUUGAUAAAUUCCUGGAGGGCAGAGUGAUGUUUGGAAAAUGGACAGACCACGUAAAGAGCUGGAGGCACACGGAGCUGGGAGACCGAAUAAUGUACAUCACAUAUGAAGAAAUGGUGGAGGACCUGCCUGCAGCUCUACGGCGUAUUUCAGACUUCCUGGGCCGCAACCUGAGCGAUGAAGCCAUUAAGAAGAUAGCAGAACAUUGCUCUUUCACGACCAUGAAGGCCAACACCAUGUCCAACUUCAGCCUGGUCCCUAAGAAGUACAUGGACAGCGACAAGUGUCCUUUCCUCAGGAAAGGCAUUGCUGGGGAUUGGAAAAACCACUUCAACGCGGAGCAACUGGCCCGAUUCUGUUCAGUCAUUCGCAAAGAGAUGGAGAGCGAGAUCGUCUCUCUGCCUUGGACUCUGGAUUGACCAACGAACAGCUGAGAGAGAAAACUGCAGACGUGAAACUAAACCCUGUAGUCAUCAGUCAUUUCAGAUCAGGAAAUUCUCUUGGUUUUAAUAUUAAUAACAUGGUUAAGUGGCAGCAGAGCAGCAGAUGAGCAGCAGAGUCCAUCAAUGUUCUUGUGCCUCAGCAAGAAGUUCAAUUUAAAUUUAAACAAGACUCGAUGUUUAAACUCUGAGUCAAACAAGAAAAUGCUGCUACAACACUGAUACAUCAUCUGAACCCUCCACAACUUUAAGACUGUAAUGCUGUAGCACUAGAUCAGUUUAGUUAUUUUUCAACUGCUUAACCUAAUUUUAACACAUUUUUGCCCCAGUGUCUGCAUAAUUACCUUUUUAAGUGUCUUUUAAUUAUUUUUAUCUAACAGUGGAUUUUUAUUGGUGCAGCUGUGAACCUUGAUUCAUCAGUCUAUGUCAUUUACAUGAAGUCACGGUUAGAAAAAAAAAACAUCAGUCAUCAGGCUUCUUGAAACUUGAGACUGUUUGAAAUCUUUGCCGCUAAGUUCUCAUCUGUCUUCGUCCCACUAUUGGCUGAAAGCAUCAUGAUUAUCCAUAUUCCUGCACAGUUUUCUCACUGCACACAAGAGACCAGUGUAUGAAAAAUCAGUCUCGACUUUUGACUUGACUUGACGUCACGGUCUGAAGUUUGCGCAGGCCUCAUUUAAAAGGCCAUGCAGCUGUCUUCAAUUUGUUAUUUAUUUCUUUCUUUGAUUUUGCCGUCCAUUUGUGAAGAACCCAGCAAUUACCUCAGCUCAGGACAACUUGUUUGACUUGCACUGUAAGUUCGUUGCAACACAUGUCCAGUUUACAGCACUGUAAGAGCAGUCUAUAACAUUUUGAGUUUACACCAAAUGCAAAUCCAACAACGCUGUCUUUUGAAUCAGUUUUCCGAUCGCGUUUGAGCCAGACCUGAUAAUAGGUGAUUUUGUAGAAAACGGAUUGUAAUUCCUAAAUCAAUUUCCUCCAAUUUGGAUGUGAAUACCUCCAAAUUAAAGUAUUUAAGCUUAUAUUAAUUAUAUUACUUUAACCUAAACAUAAUUUGAAAGACAAAUAACCAAAUGCAACCCCUUUAAAUGCCUUAGAGCUAUUAAAAGUGCCACACCCGGCGUGCAUCUCUCAUCGGGACGUUUGAGUCUUGACUGAUGUGUAACCCGGGUAGGAAUUUUACAUUAUUUACUCGAAAUGAAAAAAAAAAUGUACAAAAUGUACUCGACUAGACUCCUGUUCCCCUGAUCUUCCAGCCUGAACACGCUGUCUGUUUUCAGCAAGUCAGUGUGCAUGCCACUCUCCUGACUGUAUGUGAGGAAUGAAUGAGACAUAGCCAGGUGAGACACGUUUACCUGAAUCUCUAAUAAUCAAAAUCAAAAUCGUUCAACUUUUCCUCCACUGAAAGUGCAGACACGGAGCACCGAGGUCACGUUUUGCUGAGCUUGUUUGUGACAUAUUUUUGAGAGUGAAGCCUGACGUGUCCAGACUUGCUCCUGGAUGCGCCCAGCACACAUCGACAGAGGACAGGUCUUUCUCCUCGGUGGUUGGAGACAAACAUGCAUAACACACAACAUUCAACACGUGCAAUAAAAUGACAGGCUUUGGUGGGAUCACUGGUAUUAUCCUGUAAUUAGUAAUUAGUAUCAGAGUAGAAAGCAGUUCAAAGGUUGUUGAUGCACAUCUUUUCUUUGUUUGAUUCGACCAAUAGAUGGCAGCCAUACUUCUUCAUUCUGCUCAUUCAUAGUAACUGGUUCCACACAAUAUGCUACGAACACAAUCUCAUGAAUAGAUUCGGACUGGCUGACAUAUUCACAUUCACACUCCCAAAACUAUCGUUUUUGUAGAUUCACAGCAACAAAUCAAGUCCAGUCAACUUGUGUAUUGAGCUUUUUUUCUGUUUUUGGGUGGAAGUCAAUAAUUUAAUCGUAUAUAAGUAAUGUUUAAACCUUCUCCUAAAAAGGAAGAUCAUUCUUUAAACGCGCUGGGAAAUCAGCGAUUACAUCUCCCGGUCAUGACACUUUUCUUCCCUGUAGCCCAAUAAGAAACGCAAACAACUGCCUGCAGUCACAACAGUUAAUCAAGUUUCACCGGUGUGAUUAAUUCGUUUUUAUGCAGACUUAAAUAUUGCGCAAAUAAAUUGUUCCAUUAACUGCAGUUCCUAGAAACCUUUAAUAGAUGAAUUAGCUUCAGGAGCUGUUGGUGCUUCCAUCCUUUUGUCCUGCAGUUUUAUCUUUCAGUUGAACCAUCACGUGGCCCAACAAGUUCUGUAAAGCUAUUUAACCAACAAUAGCACGUAUUGCAUUUUAUGUUUGUUACUGGUAAAAAAAAGAUUUACUUUACCAGCACAGUCAAACGAAACCAGAUGAUAAUUUUGCUUAAUUAUAAAUCGUUAAGGCCUAAAUUCAGUGCAUGUAUUAAUGAAGAACAUUUAUUCUGCGAUCCUCUGAAUGCAAAAUAUAAUCAUCAUAUAAUUUAAAUAUUUAGUAUGUCUAGAAGUGAGUGUUCAUAUUAUUUGGUAUUUGGGUGCUCUUGCAUUAUUUGGUAUAUUAUGAAUAUGGGUUUAUUUAAUGCCAUGAUUCUCUGUAGUCACGAUUGCCAGUCCUUAGGUUAGAUCCUAGAUCCUAGGUUCUGGAGGGCCUCAGGGAAAGAUGUACGUGGGCUAUAGCCCCUGUCCAAACUAGCAAAAUCUGCAGAAGGACGGCUUCUUGGGGGGUCAUGAAUCACUGGUGAUGCACUGUAGGGCCUUCAGUUUAAAGGGGUUGUCAUUUUAAACUAUGCCUAAAAGGGAACCCCUGUUACUUUCUUUUUUUUUUUUUUCACUUUGCUUGUCUUAAUGGUAUGCCCCUGGUCAUUAUUUUAAUAGAUAUUAACUUAAAUUCUUCUUCAUGUGGUACUGAAUGCAAAUAAAAAAUAAAAAAUUAAAGAUU